UGCCCGCGAUGCCCGCGAUGCCCGCGAUGCUCGCAGUGCCAGCGAUACAGCCACAAUACCGCGGUGCCAGCGAUACCCGCGGUGCCAGCGAUACCCACGGUGCCAGCGAUACAGCCAUGAUGCCGCGGUGCCAGCGAUACAGCCAUGAUGCCGCGGUGCCAGCGAUGCCCGCAGUGCCAGCGAUACAGCCACAAUACCGCGGUGCCAGCGAUACCCAUGAUGCCGCGGUGCCAGCGAUACAGCCAUGAUGCCGCGGUGCCAGCGAUGCCCGCAGUGCCAGCGAUACAGCCACAAUACCGCGAUGCCCGCGAUGCCAGCGAUACCCACGGUGCCAGCGAUACAGCCACAAUGCCGCGGUGCCCGCGAUGCUCGCAGUGCCAGCGAUACAGCCACAAUACCGCGGUGCCAGCGAUACAGCCAUGAUGCCGCGGUGCCAGCGAUGCCCGCAGUGCCAGCGACCGCGGUGCCAGCGAUACAGCCAUGAUGCCGCGGUGCCAGCGAUACAGCCAUGAUGCCGCGGUGCCAGCGAUACAGUCAUGAUGCCCGCGAUGCCCGCGAUACAGCCACAAUGCCGCGGUACCAGUGAUGCCCGCGAUACAAGAAGGAAACGCUAAAAAAGGAAGUAUCCAAACAAUACGCCAUCAUCAGGAUAUUGCAAAAUGCAUCAAGAGCUUCGAAUUCGCGCCCAAUACAGUGAUUCAAGCGGUUCCAUGCCUAUGUUGUGGUGGGCGUUGUUGUGGGCGUUGUUGUGGGCGUUGCUCGCCCGCGCAGUACGUGUAGCGCCUCCGACGUAUGCAACAGAGGAGAUGCCUAAAAAGGAAGUAUCAAAACAUCAACAGGCACUCGAAAACACCAGAAAAUGGCCAUUUGGGCCCUUUUUUGCAGUAUCUACAGCUUCAAGAUCGAUGGCGAUGGUUGCCCACUGUUGGCUACUGUUGUUCAAAUUGGGGGUGUGUUGCAGGCCUCUGGACCCACUUUAACCUGGUGCUUGCAAGCGACA